UAAAAGAGGCUAAAAACCAGUUCGUGUCUUUUUUUUUUUUUUAAAUGGGUGCACUUAAAUUGUACGUAUUCAACAUCCGUGACGACAGAAAGUUCUACAAAAUGGCUACGAUCGUUAUUGCCAUAGACGAAAGUAAAUUCGCACAGUUUGCAUUCAAAUGGUAUGCAGAACACCUUCACAAGGACGGAUACAGGAUAAUUUUAUUUCACGCUUUGGAAAAUUUGUUCAUGAAGGAUUUGAUGGGUCCAGGUCGACAUGAGGAGUUCAAUGUGAGAACCGAGAAAAAGACAGCUGCAUUGAGGGAAAUGUACACAAAACUUGCACAGGAAUUAAAAAUAAAUCCAGAGAUACGUAUUGAGAUAGUGGACACGAAACCAGAACAUGCGAUCGUAGAUGUGGCAAAUAAAGAAAAUGCCAAAUUUAUCGUAACAGGAACUAGAGGGAUGGGAGCUAUAAGGAGAACCAUUCUAGGAAGUACCAGCGAAUUUAUUAUGCAUCAUGCUCGUUGUCCAGUCAUCAUUUGCAAAAUGGACUAAAUCUUUUAUUAUUUAUGUAUAAAAACCCUCGCUAAAACUUCAAGCACCUGAAAUGGAUAUAUAGGUGUCGGCGAUUUUUAAUACUGAUUCUUUAAUUUUCUAUUAGUAUUCUAAAAACAUUGACGAAUAGGCAGUUAGUUGUGUUACAGAAUAGUAAAUGAUUCAAGUUUCCUUCAUAUUUUUUCCAUAUAAUACGAAAGAAAAUCAGCGUAACUUAGUAGUAUUUAAAAAAAAAAUUAUAUGAAGCACAAACGGCCUCAUGCGUCCUCCGGGCAUAGAGAGGAUAAGUAAGUAAGUAAUCUGAAGUACAAGGCGUUUUGAAAUUUCUUUUUCUAUCAGCAUUUUAAAUAUGUCUGUAUACAGUUAUUGCAUUUUGUUCUUAAUUACAUUUUAUGUCACCGAUUUUGAGAUGUUUGGGAAUACAGUUGUUCGUAAUAUCAGUCAUCUUCAAACUUCUUUUUGUUGGUAAUCAAUUAUUCAUAACUAAUGAAUGACAAUAAAAUUGAAUCUGCAUAUUGCGCAAUACCUAUUUUAACUCAAAAGUGACACGUAUGAACAUAAGCAGAUUUAAAAAAAAAGAUAAGUUUUGCAAGGCAAUAUAUAUUUGUAGUUUUUUUUUAAUUAGAAGCAUUAACAAUUAUUCAUAACUAAUGAAUGACAAUAAAAUUGAAUCUGCAUAUUGCGCAAUACCUAUUUUAACUCAAAAGUGGCACGUUUGAACAUAAGCAGAUUUAAAAAAAAAGAUAAGUUUUGCAAGGCAAUAUAUAUUUGUAGUUUUUUUUAAUUAGAAGCAUUAACACACAAAGUUCAUAAAAUUUUACAUUUGAUCUAUAAUUUCACAAUCGCCUGAGGUACGAGUGUGUUUAUCAUUGUUUACUAUUCAUCAUCAUGUCUUUUUAUUCAUAUUUUAUAUUAAUAUAUCAGGUGAAGUUGGAAAUCAUGGAUUGCCUAAUUAUAAAUCUAUAUUUUACAAGUAAACUAUUUUGAUUUAUUUACGAA